AUGUCGAUUACAGUGUCUCCGUCUGGUCAGAUCAGCACAUCAGGAACACUGAGUUUCGAACGAUCGGCGUCAGGAGAAACAGCCUCCAUCAUCUCUGACAGCCCUGCAGCCGCUGACGUCUACACUAACACCACCGUGUUGACCACUCUUCCAGCGCUGGCGGUGGUUCCUCAGCAGGCCGUGGUUCAGUCUAAAGCUCCUCCGGCCGCGACGUUACUGAACGGGCUGGAGACGGGCGAGCAGCGCACAUGGCUGUACCUGGAGGAGAUGGCGAACACCCUGCUCAAUAACGUCCAGCAGCUCAAAGUCCUCAUCGCACAAGCCAAACAAGCCAGUCAGAGCGGAGCACACGCUGCCAUCAGCCUGGAGAAAAACAGCAGCGGCAGGAAAGAGUCCUUUCAGAGUCCGUUUUCACUCACUGAAGAACCUGAGGGAAAAAUCACAGAAAUCAUCAUUAAACACACGUGUGUAAACUGCGGUCGAGAGGCAUCCAGUGAGUGCACAGGCUGCCAUAAAGUUCAUUACUGCUCCGGCUUCUGUCAGCGAAAGGACUGGAAGGAGCAUCAGCUGAACUGCUGUCAGCCGAACACAUCCGUCAGCAUUCAGGAGGACACGCAGAUGGAGCUGGAGAAGGGGAAGGUCUAGCAUUUAGCAGCGGAUGAUGGCUGAUUCUUAAACUGACUGGUGUGUUUGAGCCUCUAAUCUCAGCUCUGUUAUACACUGUGAAAUAUAAAGCAUGCGCGAGCGGUGUAGAUCAGUGUUUCUCAACCACGUCCCUGGAGGACUACCAGCACUGCACAUUUCCUCGUCUGCUUAAUCAAACACACCUGAUUCAGAUCGUCAGCUCAUUAGCAGAGACUAAUAGGUGUGACAGACAAAGGAGACAUCCAAAACAUGCAGUGUUGGUGUUCCUCCAGGAACGUGGUUGAGAAACACAUGUGGUACUUUCUGUACCAUGUGAUAAAUGGAUUUUGUACAUAAAAAUAAUCCUGCUCAAAAUGAUUUAC